AUGGAUACUAAAACCCCAGUCACUUUAGCCAAGGUCAUCAAGGUGUUAGGAAGAACCGGUUCUAGAGGUGGUGUCACCCAAGUCAGAGUCGAGUUCUUGGAAGACGCUUCUAGAACUAUCGUCAGAAACGUCAAGGGCCCAGUCAGAGAAAACGACAUCCUUUCUUUGAUGGAAUCUGAAAGAGAAGCUAGAAGAUUGCGUUAG